CUGAUCGCCUAAAAUUAGAGUGGAGGAAGGAUUUCCCACUAUAAGGACACCCCAGGAAAACUAAUAAGUGUGCACCGUUUCUUUGGGGUUCCUCAUAUUGAGGAGAAGAACAACAGAACUACAGAUCAAUUCCCCUCAACAAAAUCUUGGGGAGGAGAAUAAAAUAAAGAGGGAAGCAAAAAUGGCUGGAAUGGGAGAUGGGUACGUGGGUACGGCCCAAGACGCGGUAAGGAUACGAAGAUUAGAGAAACAGAGAGAAGUAGAGAGAAAGAAAAUUCAAGAACUCAAGAAUAAAUCUGCUUCUUCUGGUGGUCAAUCUGGUCUACUCCAAUUCGGUUCUAGUACUUCUGAGAUUCUUGAAACUGCUUUUAAGAAGGAAACUGUUGGAUUAGUCACUAGAGAGCAAUACGUUGAGAAGAGGGUAAAUAUUAGGAAUAAAUUUGAAGAAGAAGAGAAAGAAAAACUUCAGAAGUUGCAGCAAGAGGAGGAGGAACUUCAACAACAAAAGCGUAAUAAGAAGAGGAAAAUUAAGGGGAACCCGCGGCUUUCUUUUACAGAUGAUAUUGAAAAUGAAAGUGAUGAGGAUGAGGCAGAAAAUAAUAAAAAUGAAGAACCAAAGAAGCAUGGGAAUGGGAAACUUGGUAAGGAUCCUACAGUUGAGACGAGCUUUCUUCCAGAUAGCGAGAGGGAGGCAGAGGAACAGGCUGAGCGGGAAAGAUUAAAGAAAAAAUGGAACCUGGAGCAGCUAAGAAUUCAAAAUGAACCUCUUCAAAUCACUUAUAGUUACUGGGAUGGUGCUGGUCAUAGGCGAACUAUUCAGGUACGCAAGGGUGAUUCUAUUGGAGAGUUUCUACGAGCUGUUCAGCAGCAACUUGCACCUGAGUUCCGAGAGAUUCGAACUACCUCAGUUGAGAACCUUCUAUAUGUUAAAGAAGAUUUGAUCAUUCCUCACCAACACAGUUUCUAUGAUUUAAUCAUCAAUAAAGCUAGGGGCAAGAGUGGACCGCUUUUCCAUUUUGAUGUUCAUGAGGACGUUCGUACAAUUGCCGAUGCAACUAUAGAGAAGGAUGAGUCACAUGCUGGCAAGGUAGUUGAGAGGCAUUGGUAUGAGAAGAACAAACACAUUUUCCCUGCCUCAAGAUGGGAGAUAUAUGACUCAGCUAGGCAGUGGGGACGGUAUACCAUUCAUGGGGACUGAUUGUGAUUAUUCGCCUUCUAUUUUGGUUGAUCCCAUGCAUUUUGACCAUUUCUGAUUUGAACUUUUUAUCUGGCUGUUGUUUCUUCAUCCCCUUUUUUUUGUAAUUUACAAAGAUCUCGAUAUCAUCUCCAGAUUCUUUGCUAGAGUUAGAUCACUGUAACAUCUUGUACCUGGGAAAUUAGAAUUGUAACCUCAAAAUUCUCUAUAGGUUUUUCACGUCUUUACAGAUUUAUAGUUUAAGAAAAGCAAGUGGAAUCUAUAGAUUUAUGGUUUAAGAGAA